AUUCUGAUCAAUUAUGACGUCAUAGAUGCCGUGCUAUUGUUACGUCAAUAUCGCUGUGCUUCACAACCAAAUUAUCGCUGCGCGAAAUUAGCUGCGGUGGUUAUCAAGUUGUAAUCUAUCGAGAAAAUCAAGAAAUCCAACCGUCUAUGCAGACUAUGGAAGCUGAAAUUCUACAGAGACUAGGUAACGUCCAGUUGAAACAGAUUGCACCAAACCCACGGAUUGGUUAUAUCCACGGUCCCAUUGUCCAUCCUCCUCCGGCCACUAGAAAUGACCUAACGACCCCGGAAUGGUCAAAAUACCUACAAAACAAAUUAGAAAAAUCAAGCUACAUCAGAUUGAAGCAGAUAGCACCAAAUCCACAGAAAGACUUCAUGCACAGUUCUAUAAUUGCCCCUCCUGCUCCGGCCACCAGAGAGGACAUGUUGACACCGGCGUGGUCAAAAUACCUCCCAGAUUUACCUGAAUCCAAAUCGGCUCUAGGAUGGACAGAGUGCCCAGCUCAAGAGAAGGGGGAGUUAGAGCUGAGAGAGAAAAGUGACGUCCGAAAUAAAAUCUGGUACAACCUCUUCUUCAAGAGAGAUUACUCCAGCACUGAGAAUGAAUCUUUAUGGUUCAAAGUUUCGAAGAAACACAGAGCGACGAAAUCACUGCAUGACAUUGUUCUCACACGUAAAGUGAGCGGUGACGUCACAGCUUCCCUAGCCACCAGCUACUACAGUGCGUGAUUGGAGAAACAUAAUCACAAGGAAGCAGUUAAAAUAUUUUUGCAGAAUUUAGUAAAAGAUAAUUCAUGAUGAAAUAAUAAGACAUAAAUUUACAAUUUAGAUUCAAUUUUAUUUAUUUUGAUUUAUCAUUAUUCAUUUUUACAAAGAAAAAGAAAUUUAAACUAUUUUAUUUUUUAUAGUGUAUAACAUUUUAAUGUCAAGAGAACAUAAAUAUCAAGUGAAAGU